GGAUAUGGUCUGCAGUGCUACAAGUGUUUGGCAUUGACGAAUUGGGAUGACUGUGACAAGAACAAGGUAAACACGACUUGUCUUCCUGGUUUCGACAGCUGUGGCAAAGUUUUUCUCGAUGGAGAAGUGGGAGGCCUAUCCGUCAAGAAUUAUGCAAAGGAUUGUAGCGUCAAAGCGGGCUGUAACAAUGACCGGUGCAAGGCAUUGGCACAAGUAGGAGCAACAAUCGACGACUGUGAAGUCAACUGCUGCGAGGGUGAUCUGUGCAAUGGAGCUAAAGUACCAUUGGUCAGCGCUCUUCUGCUAUGGGCAUGCGCUCUUCUAGCAUUUUUCCGUUAA